UUCCGCCGCCCCGGGAGCGCCCCGCGGCCGCGCGGCGGGAUCCCCACGAGGCCGAGCGCCGCGUCCCGGCGGCGGGAGCGGGGGACGGGCGGAUCGGCCCGGGGCCUCGCCCCCCCCGCCCGACGCGGUGGGAGGCGCCCGGGCUCCCGCGUCACCCAUUGUUUACAAACCAACCCCAGCGGGCCGAGCUCCAGCCUCGACCGCAGCCGCCGGAGCCGCGCGUGCUGGCGGCGGUGCCGGUCCCGGUCCCGCCGCGCGGGCCGCCAUGCCGUGCCGGCCGGGCGAGCGCUUCCUGCUGCUGGAGCGCUCGGUGGCCGUGGGGCCGGCGGGCUCCAAGGAGGUGGACGCGCUGGUGGCCAAGCUGGGCGAGGUGCUGCAGCUGAGCGCCCAGCGGGCGCCGCCGCCCCGCGGCCCCAAGCACCAGCCGGGGCCGGGCAGCGCCCGCGACCGCGCCGCGCCCUACUCGCCGCGCUGCUGCCCGCCCGCCCCGCCGCCCGCCCUGCCGCCCGCCGCGCCGCGGCCCGAGCAGCAGCGGGUGGCCAAGCAGCUGUGCGGCCGCGGCUGGCUGCGGAGCGCCGCCCGCCGGAGGAAGCAGCAGCGGCGGCCGCCGCCGGGCCCGCCCGACCCGCACGAGGAGGACCCGCACCGGCUCCUGCAGCAGCUCAUCCUCUCCGGGAACCUCAUCAAGGAGGCGGUGCGGCGCCUGCAGCUGGCGGCGGCCGCCGUGGGGAGCGGCGGAGGGGACGGCGAGGCGGCGGCCGCGGCUCCGCAGUAGGCGGGCGGGGGGCGAGGAGCCGCCGCCGGGCGCCCGCCGCUCGGCGCCCCCCGCCCGACGGAGCGCUCCUCCCCGCGCCGCGGAGCGCCGUGCGAGAACCCCGGAGGGACCGGCGGGAGGUUUCGAUUGCUUUUUAUUUGAGACUUUAUUCUCGGUCUAUCUAUUUUUCCCCCUCUCCGUUGACUGUGUGAAGCAGUUCGGGGGGAAAGCAAAAUGUGAAUACGGGAGGAGGAAGGCAGCUGGACUUACCCUGUGAGGCGGACGGUUGCUGCAGCCGGAGCGCAUUGUUCCAGGAGGCCGCCGGAACCGGGCUUUUCUACAAAAAAAAAGAGAAAAAAAAAAGAAAAAAAAAAAAGGAAUAAAAAAUCCCCCCUUCCCCGACAGACUCUCAAUGGCUCCGCUACGGGAUGCGGCUGUUGGUUCCAUUUAUGCGCUUCGUACCGGAGUGUGUGCAAUGUGUUCCUGGUUCGCAGGACGAUGUCUCUCACUGAACCUGUCUGUACCGAAUAAACGUGCUCGUGUUUGUA